GUUUGAUUCGGUUUGCGGAAGUCGCUUCAUUAUCUCACUGAGCUGGAUUAAAACAGUACAGAUUUAGAUUAGGUUUCAGGCUGCACGAUGCGGUUGAGAUGUUGGCUGUUGUUUGCUGUGUGUGUUUCGGGGUGUUUGUCGGUAACGGCGGGAAUCGAGCCCAUCAGCACCAGCAUUGCUGUCGGGAUGGCAGCUGCUAUCACCGGUUUUCUGGCCAGCUAUCAAAACGCGUUUUAUUACUUUCACGAAUGCUGCAGACCGGAGUGGAUCUCGUACAACAAAACAGGGCUGAAGCAUGACCUCAACACAAAGUUGUUCGGGCAGCACGUCGCCUCUCAGGUCAUCAUGAAAGCCGUCACAGGCUUCAUGAGCAAUGAGAACCCAAAGAAGCCGCUGGUUCUGUCCCUCCAUGGCUGGACCGGUACUGGGAAGAACUUUGUGAGCCAGCUCAUAGCAGAAAAUAUUUACCAGAAAGGAAUGUCCAGCGGUUUCUUUCAUCUGUUUACAGCCACGGCACAUUUUCCUCAUGAGAAGCACAUAGAAACAUACAAAACGCAGUUGCAGGAGUGGAUAAGGGGAAAUGUGUCCAUCUGCGCACGCUCAAUGUUUAUCUUUGACGAAAUGGAUAAAAUGCAUCCCGGCCUGAUCGACAGUAUUAAACCGUAUCUGGAUUUCUAUGACAACCUGAAUGGAGUGUCGUACAGACAGGCUAUCUUCAUCUUCCUCAGCAAUGCCGGGGGAGAGAACAUCGUUCAGGUGGCUCUGAAUUUCUGGAAGGACGGAAGAGAACGUGAGGAGAUCAAGUUAAAGGAUCUUGAGACGGCUCUGUCACUGUCAGUCUUCAACAACAGAAACAGUGGUUUCUGGCACACGAGUUUGAUCGAUAAGAACUUGGUUGAUUUCUUCGUGCCGUUCCUCCCGUUGGAAUACAGGCACAUUGUCCAGUGCGGUUUGGCCGAGAUGGCAGCGAAGGGUCACGACCCUGUUAAAGAAGUCGUUGAACAGAUGGCUCACGAACUCAACUACUUCCCCAAAGAAGAACGCGUGUUCUCCAUGCAGGGCUGCAAAGUCAUCUCCAGCAGACUGGACUUCUAUAUUUAACAGAACGAGAGAGUGAAAACAAAGCAUUCAAAACUGCACGAUUAUCCACUGUGUGAUUUCUUGUGUGGAACUGCCACGCUCUCUAAAGACUGAUGAUGAAAACAGAGGGACAUUUUUUACUCAAUCCGAGUGUUCUCUUAAGGAUCUGUUUUAUUAAUUCCAGAUCUUGAAGGUUAUGUCCUUGUUUUCGAGGAUGUAUUUGGUUGAAAUGAUGCGAGUUGCAGACAGAGGAAGCUUUUUAAAUGACUUUGCACAUUGUGGAUCUCACAAAGACACUGGCCGUCAGCGAUUUUAUGAAAAUUAAUUAUCAUGUGGGGAAAAACAUUAAUUUGCCUUUAUCUUGAAAUGUCAGUUAUACAGAUUCAUUUCUUACUUAAAAAAAAAGAUUUUCAUUGAAUGUUCUUAGUUUAGAUUAACUUGUUUUUUUUUAAUGUGGAGUCACAAAUCAAAGUGCCUGUUUAACAUACAUCAACAGUACAAGCACACUCGAUUGCUGAUAAACAUGUCACAGUGUUCAUUUACAGACAGUCUUGUUUAUUGAUCUUCUGCGUUUGGGUUUAUUGUAUAAGGUGUAUGAAAGAUUUGUCUUAUUUUUGAGAUCCACCAAGAUAAAAUGACAACAUUACAGAUUGAUUUUGAAAAAGCUUUGACUCAAACAGACUUUAUUUUAUUAGUCUAAUUGGGCUCAUAUUGCAGACAGGCCUGUAAAAUUCCUUUAUCUCUUUGCUCCUGUUUAGCGAUCAAACACUCACUUUAACAUGUUAUGCGGACACACUUGGAACUACAGACCUGUUUGACACAUUGUACACACACAUACUCAGUUAAAAGGUGUUUUUUCAGUGAAUGAUUAACACUUAUAACAUCUGUAAAAGAUUACUUCUAAAAAAUACCUUAUAAGCACUAUUGUCAUGUCUUGGUUUUCUUGAAAGGAAUUAUAAUG